AUAAAAAUAACAAUUAAAAAGAAAAACAAUACAUCAAGUUAUAUUUAGUAGUUCUAGAAAUAUUUCUUAGGUUUCUCUCUCCCUUGAAAAAGAGAAAUGGGUGAUAAUCCCACAGGCAAUGCCUUGGGUUUGCUACGUAUCAAAAUCAAAAGAGGCGUGAAUCUUGCUAUUCGUGAUGUUAAUAGUAGCGAUCCUUAUGUCAUCCUUCGUCUUGCCAACCAGAAACUAAAGACGCGCAUUAUUAAGAAGUCCCUUAAUCCCGAAUGGAAUGAGGAUCUGACCCUUUGUGUUGCGGAUCCUAAUGAGCCUAUUAAAUUGUAUGUGUACGACCAUGACACAUUCUCUCUUGAUGACAAAAUGGGAGAUGCGGAGUUUGAUAUAAGACCAUUCUUAGAAGCAGUAAAGAUGAACGAGGAAGGCCUUCCAAAUGGAACAAUUAUCAUGAAAGUAAGACCCGAGAGGCAAAAUUGUAUCGCGGAGGACAGCUGCAUAGUUUGGAACGAUGGAAAGCUUAUUCAAAACAUGUUCCUCCGGCUUCGCAAUGUCGAGUGUGGUGAAAUCGAGCUGCAAUUACAAUGGAUAGAUCUUCCUGCUUCCAAAUUGGGUGCUUAAUAUUGUGUCACAUCCAUAAGAGUGUAGGAAACUAGCUAGAGCUUUAAAUUACUAAUUUUCUAUAUUAUUAUUGGAGAAUAAAUUUUGAUAUUAGUUUUUAUAAAUUGUAUGUU